GGUUGAGGUCUUCUUUCGGCCGCGGCUCCUUGCGGCUUUUAGCAUUUUGAGGAUAAUUUUGCCGGAGAUGGAGAUGGAGAAGGUAUUAUAUAGACAACUGCCUGAGCCGACAGCAAAACUCUUGAACCUUCAGCCUGAAGGAUCCAAGAAGGUCGAGGCCUUUGUAAAAGCCUUUCUGAAGCGCAGCAUGCCCCAAAAGAGCGAGGAGGACAUUGAGAAACACUUAAACCGGAAAGCAGUUGUCCUUGAGCAUCCCCACCAGAGGAGGACGCGGCAGCGGAACAAGAAGAGGAAAGGAUUAUCCGCCAAGCAGAGGCGAGAAAUGCGCCUCUUUGAGAUUCCUCCAGAACAGCAGAGAUACGAGAUAUUUAUACCAUUGCAUGAGCUUUGGAAACAGUACAUUAGAGAUCUCUGCAAUGGAUUGAAACCUGACGCACAGCCACAGAUGAUUCAGACCAAAUUGCUUAAAGCAGAUUUCCAUGGAGCGCUUGUGACAGUGACUAAAUCCAAAUGUCCUUCCUACGUUGGUAUCACGGGCAUCAUCCUACAGGAAAUGAAACACGUUUUCAAAAUUAUCACGAAAGAAGACAAGCUGAAAGUUAUUCCAAAGCGGAACAACAUCUUCAGCAUAGAAAUUGAUGGCUUCGUGUCCUAUAUCUACGGAAGCAGGAUCCAGUUUCGAGCAAGCGAGCGUUCUGCAAAAAAGUUCAAGGGACAAGGAACAAUGGAUCUGUGAUUUUUUUUUUCUGUAAGUUUGGAAACUAGCCUUUUCUUUCCAAGGGUCAGAGAGUCCACAACAAUAUUUUCUUCUAAGAAGCAGCAGCCUGGAUUGUAUCUUCAGGGCUAAUUUUGUAUCUAAUCCAAGAAGGGUUCUUGCUUGAAUUGAUUUUGGUGGAAGUCUCUGGCUGGCCUUCUGAAGAUGUUGAGGUUGUAUCAGUUCUAAUUCUGUUCUCCUGCCAUGUUGGAUAUUGUAUUAUGUUAUUUAAAAUGUUCUUGUGUAUAAUAUAGAAUGAAAAUCUUUGGAAAUUAAAAAAAAAUGUGUCCAAAGCAGUGAUGUGCUCAGAGUUGGCUAUCUCUGAUCUAUAGUAAGCAUUAUACAGUUGGGUCAUGCUAAUAACCCAACUGUAAAUGCAAGGAUGGGGAAUUGGAAGUGGAAUAUAAAGCAGAAAGAAGGAGAACCUUUCCUUCUUCCUCACAAUCAUCAUCCUCAUCUUCUUCCUCCUCCCCCUGCAGAAAUGUGUAACAGAGUAGAACUCCUUGAAGUCACAUUCACAGAACAUGUGAAGGGGGGUUUUAUUGAAUAAGUCAGGUGAGCCCAGCCUACUUGCUUCACUUACGGUUCAGUCUAUCACGCAAGCCCAGUAACAAAAUUAAGUCUGUCAGCAGUAGGGUUAGUAGAGAUCCAGAUUCAGAGGGCAAGAUGGAAUUCAAAGAUGCUUCAGAUGCUCAUAGCACUGGCUGAGAAUCUUGUAAAGCAGCCACUCAUUUCCCAGC